UUGAAUCUUUUGUGGAAGAAGUAGAUUUUCUGAUGCAGUUGCCUAACUCCUCGUUUGGUGUCGGUCAAAUUUUCAAAAAUAAAGUUGGAUCUUAUGUAGCGACUUUUUGAAUUAAAUCAUUUGAGAUCAAAGUAUGAAUUACCACUAUUUAUUAUCAAGUAAUUAAUACUAGAGCUUCGUAGUCUUAAAUGUCUACUGUUCUUUUGCCUCCAACUCCUAACAAUUACACUUGUUACUUCACUGUAUGACUGUGACACUUUGAGUUUGAGGCAAAUGAACAGGGGGUAAAUUGGCAAAUGCGAAGAGACGGCUCCGCGGUUUUUUUUUUUUUUUUUUUUUUUUUUUUUUUUGGCCAUCUUGGUUGCCGUGACCCGUGAUGGAGCCGUGGAAAAUUAAAAGAAGUCAUAAUGUUUGCUAAAAUUAGGAAUAAAUAAAACGUUAAAGUUAAAUAUUAUUAACCCCUUCAUUAUUACCGCUGGGUUUUGGGGGGACAUCGAUUUUUGCUGACUCAUCAAUAAAAAAUUGAAAAUUUUUUAUUUAAAAAAAAAAAGAUGAAAUUUUCGGUAUAUUUCAUUCUCUAUCCGAUUCGCUUUUUAACUUCUCUAUAGAUUAACGAAUAAGGAAAUAUAUAGCAUUGAAAUGUGACGUCCUUGGUAUUUCAGAAAAGUUCUUUCACUUUUUGUUAUGACAACAAUGUGACGUCCUUGGUAUUUGAAAGUGGGUGACUGUGACGUUGCGUCGAUGUCAUCGGUAAGGAAGUGGUUAAUGAAAAAAUAUCCUAACCUGAACCCUAAAUCUAUCCCUAACCUGGGUUUUGACCCUAUUAUUUCUAUUGGAAUCUGGGUUGUGACCCUAUAGGAACCAAGGUUUUGACCUUUUCGGAACCAAGGUUUUGACCCUAUCGAGAACCAGGGUUUUGACCCUAUCGGAACCAGGGUUUAGACCCUAUCCCUAACCUGGAUAUUAACCCUUACCUGAACUCUAAAUCUAUCCCUAAAACUGCAGCCGCAAGUAAAAACACAUGUAAAUUACAUACUGCGGCAAGAGAACUAUGAAAUGAACAAAAGCAAUAAAAAAUGGCCAAAAAUGGUAAUCUUGCAGUUCAGGUGCAUAUAUUAUUUCUGAUAGAAUUUCAUAUUAUCGCAUGUCAUGUAAACUUACUAAGUACUUACAUGUAUUCUUUAUUAAAUUAAAUCCAGGGCAGUAAUAGUUAAUUAAUACUAAACUUUACAGCGCUUAUUUUCGUUUUAUUUUAUUUCUAAAACUAAAGCGUCUUUGAACAUCCCCCAACCUUCCAUAGCUCCAUUUGUUUUGUAUUUUUUCACCCUGUUGCCAGAUUUCUGAUCACCUAUAAGUUGGUAUGCUAAACGAAAUUUUCAAACUGUAGGCAAGUUCACAAGAAGAAUGAAAUAGGGGGAGGGGGCAUUGAACUUAAUUAGAUGUUCCGUUAUUUUAUAGCGACCCAAAAUUCUUUUUUUUUCACACCAAAAACAUGGAGAAUAUGUGGAUGCGAGCGAAACGCAAACUUCGCCAUCAAUUUAGAACAUCACGUGAAUUGUUCCUGUCGUAUCUACACGAAUUUGUGUUCAGAAACAAGUUCCGCGAUCAGGAUAUGUUUGUAACAUUCUUAAUGACCAUCACGGAUAAUUAUCCAGUUUGAAAAUAUGAUACCUGUUUUUUUUAAUUCAAAUUCUCCAAUAUGUCUGAUAUAAUAACUGUUUUAUUACAUUUUUCAAUAUUUCUGAUUUAAUAAAUGUUUUAUUGAAAUGGAAAAUUGCAAUCUAACAUGUAGGGUGAAAAAUAAAAACAAGAAAACGGAGAGAUCAUUUACGCUACCGGCUAUGUUACUAUGUACCAAUGGGGGCUGUAAAAAAUCAAUAAAAAGAAAAGUUAGUGCUGUACAAUUUAGUGUUAGUGUUAAAUAAUACUUUCUGGACUAAAUUUUAUAAAGAAUAUGCGUAAGUUUACUCGCGAUAAUGCAAAAUUUGAUCAGAAAUAAUUUACCCACCUGAAUUGCAAGCUUACUAAUGAACAGUAAUACACUGACUGUGUGUGAGUGACUGACCACUAACAUUACUUCAUUACUAAUUAUUAUUCAGUACUGUACUACUAACAUUAAAACAGUUGUUAUUACAAAUAUUAGUCUAUACUAACAGUUUUUUAGAACAGUACGUCAGUACAGUGAGUAAGGCCCUAAAAUAUGACUCUCAUAACAGCCAAUUCAGCUGGAAUACCCCUUUCUGCAUAUAAUUGCUAGCAAAAUCAUCAAUAAAAAUGCAGAUGAUUUAAUGUAUAUAUGGUAAUGGGAAAUUACUCAAUAUAAAAGAGUUUUCGUCCACCUUUUAAUCUGCAUGUUAACAUGCUUUAUGAGGGCUUUAUCCGGAUUCGGGAGUUUUUAUUUUCUCUCACUCCGAAUUCACAGGUUCAGUUUAUUCAAAUACAGAUUCUGGGUUUUUAAAAAAAUAUCAACGUGUAAGAAUGCACGAAGGCCUAUUCAGUGAGAGCGGGUUCCAUAUAAAAAGAACAGGCACUGAGACCUCUCGCUUUUGUUAGCAAGCCUCUCGCUUUCAUUUGUAAUCAUUGCACAAGAAAUUAUUUCUAUAGUGUAUGAAUAUUAUGAGUUUGUUAAGUUUCAGGGUUUGAAAAAUUUGUAAAUGAAGUUUCAGUUUCAGGUUUAAAGAAAUUUUUAAAAAGGGAUUUCAGGGUUCACAGCUUUCAAUUAGUGGGACCCCUGUUUCUUGCUUUGCCCCUUGUGUUUUGUGUGAAAAGUUUUUAGGUACGAGUAGUGAAUGAAAAAAAUGCACCAAAAUUACAAUUAUCAAUGUAAAUGUAAGUACCUAUAACUUGACAUAUUAUGGAAGAAUAUUGCGUCUAGUAUCUCAUAAACUUGAUUUUAUUAUACCAGUACUUUGAACAAUUUUUGGAGCAUUGUGUUGGGUUUAAUUUAGAAGUUGAGUACCGGUAGUAUAAUUUUACUCACUCUUUAAAGGUCAAGGUCAGUAUCAACAUACCGGUUGAUGAUAUAAAAAAAAUUAUUUUCAUUCCAUAAGAUACCUUGUCCAAUGUACUUACAUAAAAUGUAUACUUGUAAGGGCCUCUGGAUUCAUUUAGGGAGGGAUUUUGUCAUUUCUGACAAGCAAAUGAAAAUGCUAAAAAUGGCUUGACACUACCCACUACAGAAAAAUGCACUUGACAGUUUUAGAGUUAAAAUAUCAAAGUAAAAUAUUGCUCAGACUCCAAGUUAUUUUGUGCACAUUUGUUACCCCGACCUAUUCCAGGAAGCGGCUCCUUAAAAUUAAAUAUUAUAUUUCAUAUCAUAGCAGAUUUAAUUUAUUAAAAGGCUCCAGCCUAAAUAAAUGAUUGUCGAUUCCUUUUUAUCACUAGUCUAAGUAUAGAUAUGUAGGUUUACUGAACAUUUUCAGGACUAGUAAACUUGGAUGAUUUCCUAACAUUUUUGGGAAUAAAGAUUUUUUUUUUUUUGCAUAAGUUAAUAUUAUAAGAAUUGAAAAGGGUACUUUACAUGUGAAUUUUUAAAAACAACGUAAGGUAAAUAAGUUUAGUAUCGACAGUUUGUGCAUAUAAAUUUAGUUAUUUGAUAAAAAAAAGGCACAAUAGAUUGCUGGAAUUUUUUAAAAACAAGGAAAAAAUAACUUUUGACAUUCUGAUAAAAAUAAAAUGUGAUCUGUUUUUCAUCAGGCUCCAGAUGCCACAAGAUAUUGUUAUUAUCAGAGAGAUCUAUGAGCAUGAAUACUCAACAGAGGAAUUUGAAGUGGAACUGGACAGAGCUCUGGAAACAAAAGCCCAGACAAUAAUUGUCGAACCUGCCAGGCUUGGCGAUGACACAGCACGGUGGAUUGCCUGUGGCAAUUGUCUACACAAAACUGCCGUGUUAUCUGGGUUUGGAUGUCUAGUCAGUGGACUUGUGUGGCCCAACAGAGGCAUCAUAUUUUUACCCAUGGGAUUUGUUAGUGUGGUUUGUGCUGGAGUGUAUGCGGUGUCUUGGCAGUUUGACCCAUGUUGCAAAUAUCAAGUUGAAUAUGACCUCAUGAAAGUUCCUAAAUUACCGGUUCACACAUUGACAACGACAACGCCUGUGGUAUUAGUUCGCAAAGACGAUUCAAGAAGAAAAGUUCUACAAAAUAUUUUAGCUAUAGGUGCUGGUUCAUUUUGUUUUUAUAAGAUUUACAAAUGGUAUUUGUAAUUCCUAGAUUAGAUUAUUUUUAAGCUUAACCAAAGUAUUUUAGAUUUUUAUAAUUAACCCAUUUUAUGAAAUCAGGGCAAAGAAAAUUUGAAUAUUUCAAUCCAUGUAGUUGAGUAUUGUCCUUUUGGUUACAUAGUAGAGUACUGUAGAAAUUAUUUUUUUUAAUUAAGUAAAAAAAAUAAUUUUUCAUUAUUAGUAUUAGUUCUCUAAAACUACAACAAUAAAAUCAUUAACAGCCAAGACUCACGUAUUUUAAAAGCCAUAGUUUUACUGCUACCAUGAUCAUUCUGUGUGGUCUUUUGUUCCGUUGAUCCAAGUCUUAGUGUAGGUAAUAAUUAUGCAAAGAUGAGCAGUAUUGGUGCUGAGAUUUAUUUGAACAAAUUAUAAAAAUAAUUAUAGUUAAAUUUAAUUUUGCAAACAUUUAAAAAAAUUAUAUAUUGUAAUUUAUAAGGCAUUAAAUGUUUUUGUUUAAUU